CGGCCCCGGUGCUUCUCAGUCGCCGCUCCUGGCCGGGGUCACGGCUCGUCGGCGGACCCGACGGCAGCCGUGGCGUCAUCCUCCGACCGGGCGACCUGCCAGCCGCCGGCGUCAGGGCUUAUUUCGGACUGCACCGGCCGCUCCGACCGACCAGUGGGUGGAGAGGUGUGCUGGGACGCGGCGGUGGAUAUAGAGGAGACGCCGCCGUGAGAACAGACUCUCCAGAGGACGGCUUUAACGGCGGAGCGAUGAGCGGGUACCGCCGCUCCGCCGGCGGAUUCUACGUAUCCUCGGCGCCCUGUCCGCCGCUGGGAACGUAUGGCUCCUCGCUGAGCCGUUACGACCUGAGCCCGGCGUCAUCCCACCACCUGGCCAGUACUACACGGCUCGUCAGCAGCUCCGGAGUGCCCCGAAGGUACCAGGUGUACUCCCGUAACGACACGCCGCUGGGGCUCACCAACUAUGACGUCAUCCGGCGGGCUGCUGACCCGCUGUCGGCACGGUACCGUCAGAACCGGCACAGCUGGGCGGCGGGCGGCUCCAGUGGCCUGGCACGCUCUUCCACUGUCGCCUCGGUGGGGGAUCUGCAGGUCCGCCGCGGCAGGCGGCUGUCCACAGAGAGGGUCGGCGGGAUGCUGGCUCCUGGGGACGCGGCGAGUGCCACCCGGCGGCAUCAGACAGCGGGCACGGACUCGGAGUCCGUAUCAGCGGAGGGGUCUGUCAUUGAGUCCCCGGACAGCGUCAGACAGACUGGGGAGUCGGAGCGACCAGCGGCAGACGGCGUGACGACUGUCGUGGUUACAUCAGCUGAAGAAGUGCGGGGGACACGACAACCGGAGUCUGAGCCACCGGUGGCCCCGCCUCGGCGGACCGGUAACAAGAUUAAGAAGGAACCGGUCGUCCUAGCCGAGGAACGUAGUAAAGAGACGCCCGAGGCGCAUCCUUCCCUCUGCACGAGCCAUAAGGAUGACGAAGCCGUCAGAACUACCACUAGUGAACUGAAUGAACGGGAGAAUAGUGUCAAGGAUGUAGAUGACAGUGCAAAAGUGUCAUCAGAGAUUGCCGAAAGGUCGACAUCGGACUCGCUGGACACUCCCACAGCCAUUGACCCUCAGUCGGGGAAUGAAGAUGUGUGCCUAGAAGAACCCCCCAAUGUAGAGAAGUGUGAAGACAUUAGAAUACAGCAGAAGGAUCCUCCUUUCAAUUCAGCUCAGUCAUCAGCGGCUUCUGAUGACACACCAGCAACCCAAGACGAAUCUGUUGCGAGUAAGAGUUGUAUACGCGUCACGGAGGAAGUCAUCUCGUCUAAAAAGUGUGAAACUCCGGCAGAUAGCGAGUCGGUAAAGCUUGAGCAGCAGUCACGUACGGUUUCCAGUCGAGAUGAAGGAAUUAUAGUGUCGGCGUCAGAUGAGUGUGGCCCUCCACAUAAGUUCGCUGAACCAGCAAAUGACAGUAGCUCCCAGCAGACGGAGCAGGCUGAGGACACUCCCGUACGGCCUCCCCGGCACAAGUCAGUUAUCAACAGCUGCACUGCUGCGACUACACAGCCACCUGAACCGACAAAGGACGAGGACGACGCACAAAGCCCGACCGCCGCAGCGACAGAGCUGAUACCGACCACGGAGGAGACUAUCCAAACGUUUAGCGUAGAUAAGGUGACUGAACCUGUGGAGGAGUGUGCGACACCAGCAGAAGAGCAGUUAAACCUCGCACAGCCAGCUGAGUGUCCGGUCCUAAGGAGCUCCUCGACGUCAGGCGAGUCGGAAGACGGCUCCAGUGGUGCGGACAGAAUAUGUCCAUCGGAGACGUCCAAAGGUUUGGAGGCGCGCGAUCGGAGUGGGGAUAUGUCGCUGGAGUCGGAAGACGGUUCUACUGAUGCGAACCGAUGCCCAUCACAGACGCCGGAAGGCUUGGAACCGCCCGAUCGGAGUGCGGGAAUCUCACUGGAUUCGGAAAAUACUCACGAAGCGGCCGACCAACAGCAGCUGGAACAUUUGGAAGAUCAUCAGCAGGUCGGAAAUGCAUUAGAGGAAGACGUUGCAGCGUCAGAAGUAACCGAUACUGAGCAGAAUAGCUUUGACACUCCUCAAAUCAUGUGUGGCGCAGCAGACAACAGUGACGUGCUAACUGUUAAACCUAGUAUCGAUGUAAAGAAUAUCGACGAUUCCGGGACCACCAAAGUUGAGAGCGGAGAGACCAACACUUCCUCAUGCAACUUGUCCAUGUCCGAUCAUCAGGUUUCGUCAGAGAUAAUGUCUUCCGGAACCUCAACAAGCAAUACUUCACAGAGUGAUCAACUUAGUUAUUCGGAAUCGAUAUCUGUUGAGUCGUCUAGCGCGACUUCCGGUGAGCACGAGGAGGCGGAGCCAGUCAGUGCAGCCUCUGGCUGUGAAUCUCCUCAACCGAUGAAAUCCGAACCGGAAAAUCAGCCACAAGAACCACCAGAAAAUCAAGUAAUGUCACUGACAAAUGAAAGUGACUCUAAUAUCAUGAUGACUUCCAAGGAUAUUCCGGAGCACGGCAAAGCAGCUCUAUCACCUACAAGCUCAGCCUCAGAUUAUCGUGAGUCAUCAACAGCGACAGAGUCGUCAACAUCAGUCGACUCUACUGCCUCUGAGUCGCCAAUUACUCGGAGCAGCUCAACGUCAUCGUGUGAGAGCACCUCUGAGUCACAGAGUACGGACGUGGCCUGGGACUCUGAGCAGACGUCCUGCGGGACGGCGCCUUCGGGCGACUCGUCUGGUGUGAGUGAUCGUGUGCCCAGCUCUUCGCGGUCAGAACCCAUACCGAUGGACUGCGUCCCUGUGUCAGCUGUGGCCCCGUCUGAGGUGACACCUUCCGCUGUGGAUUGUGCGCCACCAACUCUUGUAAUUGAAUCCACCCAAGAGACUAAGGAAGGCGACAUUGAAACCGAUUCUUUGACCAAUGUCACAUCAUUCGGCGACAUGCCUUCGUCACUGACAAGUCUCGAUUCCACAACACCGCUGGAUAUUGGGACUACCCCUUCUGUUCAGAGUGACGCCUCGUCGAUCACAGACACAGAGUCUACGAUCCCUGCUACCGAAGUAGGGACGGACUCGCAAGAUUAUCAGGCCAAGUCUCCAUGCCUACAACGUUCACUACCAAUGGACAGUGACGCUCUCGAAUCUACUGAGUCCGAUUCGUCUUCAGUUUGCUCAGAGACUUCUUCCAGCGACACCGAGACCUCGUCCUCAGAUUCCGACCUAACCGACUCGUCAAAUUCUGACCUGACUACUGUAAGUGAUAUGCAAUCAAGCCUGUUUCAUUCAAGUAUAGAUGAAGCAAGUGAUUUUAAACACCAUCCACUACAGACAGAAGAAAGCGUACCAUCGCUUCAUGAAGCUGUGGCUUGCAAGACGGCUGAAGAUCAGGUCGCCAUGGCCAUGCAGGAAGCUCUUCCCAAAGACACCCCAUCAGCCCCGGGUGAACCUGCCCCAGAAGUUAGCCAUGAUUCUCCGACUAACAUCGAGUCUGCCGCUAUGGAGAUACCUCCUCCCAGCGUUGCGGUCACGGUUUCCGCCUCGCCUAAGCCCAGAGUCCAGCCGUCAAUCCGUCGCUCCAGAACGCUGCAGCCGGUGGCAGAGGUUCAAGAGCACCCCGUACAACUGAGGACCGUGUCUUUUAUCGAACCCGAUCGGCCGGCCCGAGCGGAGGUGACUGCCACGGACGCUCCUGAUGAGACGGCUGCCGUGACAGCCCCGGCGCGUCAGAGGCACCGUCCGCCGCCGGCCGAGGGCGCCGAUGUCGAGACGCCAGCAAUGGUGGCGCGCCGACAGCGCCGGAUUCGCCGCACGGCCUCGUCACCGGAGGUGGGCGACCGACUGGUGCGUGUUGACGCCGAGCGGUCGGCGCGUGGUCCCCAGCUCGGAAUGGCACCGCUCCGGCGUCGGAUGGUGAUCACCCAGCAGACGCAGAAACCCAGGGAGCUGAUGACUCUGAGCAGCCUGCACGAUCAGUUUCUGGAGGUGUGCAUCCGGCUGAACGAGGCCCGGUUCAGAGAGGUGAUGCUGGUGGCGGCGCGGAUCGCCACGGCGGCCACCGUCAACCAGACGGACGCCAGCGGACGGACUGCACUGAGUCACCUGUGUGUCCACGGUAACGGCCGGUGUGUGGAGGAGUUCUCCCGGCUGCCGUUUGUGGACGCUAACCUGGCGGACAGGGACGGCAACACGCCGCUCCACCACGCCGCGCAGGCCGGGCACGCCGCCGUUGUCUCCGCUCUGCUCGAAAACUACACAGAAAUCGAGGUGGACGCCAAAAACGGCAAGGGCAUCACUCCUCUCAUCAAGGCCUGCGUCCAGGGCAAGAGCAAGUGCGCCAAGCUGCUGCUAUCGCACGGUGCCGACCCGCUGAUCCGCGACCCCACCCGGGGCCUCACCUGUAUCGAGUGGUCCUACUACUGCGGCCGGCGUGCCUGCGCUCGGCUCGUCGAGUCCUAUCUGCUCGCUCGAGACACCCCGGCCGCCCCCGGCGCCGGCGGCGGCCUGAAGCGGUACACCAGCGAGCCGGAGCUGGCGACUGCCGACGGCGCGGCCGGCUGGUGCGGCGCCAAGUUCCGCCGCCUGCUGGGCCGCUGCUCGCCGCCCCCGGGUCCGCCGGGCCCGCCGCCCCGACAGCGGCGGCCCAGCCUGCCGGCGGCCGGCGAGGCGCGCCGUCACCGGCAGGCGCCGCCGCGGCCGCCGGCGCGACUGCCCCACAUCCUCGUGGAGGAGGUGGAGGUGGCCGUCGACCCUGUGAUCGUGCGCUACGGCGACUGGGUGGCGCCCAGCCAGCGGCCGCGCCAGCACAACCAGGUGGCUAAUCUGUGCCUACCAGGAACAUCCGGAGAGUUCCUAUACGAAUAGUGGGAUGUCACCCAGUGUUUUUCCUAGCCUGCCAUGACGGAACAUUUGUAUUGUAACAUGUUUGUGUAUUGUGUUUACAUCAGUAACGAAAAUUUAUCUAAACCUUACAUUGCACGUCGCCAAAUACCAGUAUGGUGUUUUUGAAUGGUUAUUGACAACAUGUAGCAAUCGCAUCUGGAUUUUUUUUUAGAUCGAUGACCGCAUCUGUAGGAUCAAAUGCCGUUUCCCAAGUUAAAAAAAAAACUGUCCGUGGGCAACGUCAUGUUUGUGAGUUUUGAAUGCAAUGCAAUAGGAGUCUGUGUAUUUUCUUCUUUACAAUUAUUCAUUACUCAAGACCGUGCGACCGUUAUCCAUUGAAAAUAUGCACCAGGGCUGCGGUGUCGAUAGAUUAUUAGUGACUCCGACUCCGACUCCGCAGCCCUGAUGCACGAAUGAUAUAAGAAGUGACCUCACUCGUCUUGGAGAAAAGAAUGGCAUGAGCCAUGUCUUCUUUUCACUGCCACUAUCUUGUCUGCCGUGGAGGGAUACACUGAAUUCACAUCGGCAUUUGGGUGCUGUUGUGAAAUGAGAUCACUAUAAGGUCUCGAGUUAUCAGUCUGCAUUGUGCAGCUAGUCUCGAAUCUGUAUCAAAUCGUCUUCUUCAUUUUCUGACCUCUGUGGCCACUGCCGCUUGUUUCGUAAUCGUAUAUAAAAAUGCCAAACGCGUGCUUCCGUGUAUCGAGGAGAAACUCAUUGGGAUACUGGCAGCUGGUGUCUGUAAACUGCAGUUUCUGUAAGGUGUUCAAUGUUCUAUGUGCUGUCCGUGUGCAGCUGAAAUGUGUUACCAUUCGUCUAUUGUCAAUACAUACUGUGUUCGUACGUCA